UGUUGAAGCACCUCAGAGCAAGCACAGUAUCUCAAAAAUAGAUUUUACCCAAAGAAACAGGAGAAGCAGAAAGAAAAAGAAGCAGGAGAACAGAAAGUAAAAUAAGCUCUUUUGCUUUUCAAUGGAAAGAUUCCCCAUUUUCAUAUAACCAGUUUUUGAGGCAUAUUUAACAUCUGUAAAGUGCUUGGGUAACUUUGGAUGCAAAAUAUUAUUGUGCUUGUAAGUAUAUUCGGAGGUGUAAUUCAGUAAGAUCAAUUCAAUAGCUCUUGGGCAAAGAGCACCAGAAGGCAUAAUAACCUAUUGAACCAACUUACUGGAUGCAUCUAGAUCCAAGGCUGGUUUCAGAAGAGGUGGAAUGGGGAAAAAAAAGGUUAGAGAAAAAGAGAAAGUGAUCAGACAAAAGGAGAGCGAAAGAGAAUAGCCUAGAAAGCCCCGCUGCCAGAGCCCCCUGUCCCUGGCUUGCCCUCCUGUCCUGGGGCCUGGCCAGGGUGGGUAGCCUGCAAGGGAUACCAUCCAGGAGAGUAGCUGCUCCGACCACAGCUUCCACGUUCCUCGCCCGCCCGCUCCGCUUCUGCAAAUGGGCAGGUGCCGCGCAUCGAUUCUUCGACGCUCUGCUCCGCCCACUGGCCGUCUGCGGUACCUAUUCCCUUCCGGGGGCGGGCGGGCCCUGCGGGGGGAACAGGCGCUUCCGCUGGCGGCCGGGUCACCUUGCAGCGCGGACCCAGGUGCGGUUCUCCCGGCGCCCCUCCCGUGGAAGGGCGAUGGCCGGGCUGGUCAACCUGGAGGACGAGGAGGAGGUUGCCAUCGAUUGGCUGAUUAUUUGGAGGGGGUGAAGAAGGACUUUGAAGCAGCUGCCAAGGUGCUAAAAGAAAAUUGUGAAAAGAAUGAGAACAGUGAGAGUUGCUAUAAACUUGGAGCUUAUUAUGCAACUGGGAAAGGUAUGUCUACACUGCAAAGUAAGCUAAAGAUUAGUAGAACUCAGGUUAGCAGACCCUGGGUUUGUUACCUUGGGCUUGAAUGUCAACACUUGUCUGUAACCCUCAUGUUAAGAAUUGUUGAACCCUGGGUCCCAACCUGGGGCUCUAGCAUCUGCACUGAAUUAUGUAGGCCUGAGACUAGUGACCGAUAUCCCAGACUUCCUAGUAUUCCCCCCCAAAAAAUAUGGCUGCUAUAGCCCUUUGUUCAUGGUGCAGUGUGGGAAAACUUGGCUGUCCAGAGAACAAAGAAAAUCUGCCUGUGACAUCGUGGGUUACUUUUGCCAGACUCCCAGAUCAUGAGCACAGUGGGGCUGCGUCUACACUGCAAAGCAAUAGAACUUGAACUCUGGGUUCUGUCUUGACUCAAGCUCAGGGUAUGUCUACACAGCAAAGAAAAACCUGUGGCUAGCUUGUGCCAGCCAACUUGGGCAUAGGUGCUGGAACAAGGGGUGCUGCUGCAAACCCCUGGCCACUUCAGUACAGGGUUUACAGUGUGUUUCAAUGGCUCACAUCUCCAUUAUCACUGCAGGGGAGAUCUUGUAUUAGGAAUUCUAAGUAAGAAAACUUUUUUUUUGUAGAUCAAAUUUUGGUUACUCUUCCAACUAACCAGAUAGUCUCUUUAAGAGUUGUAUACAUUUCCUUUGGGUAUAUUAUUUGGAGAUAUGCUUGAAACCCAUUUUGUUGAGAAAUUAAGGGCUCUAUGCUGCUGUAGUUGACUUGAGUAGGGCAGGAUGAGGCCUUAAGCAAUAGUUGGAAUUAUUUAUGCUAAUACCAAUUGGCGACAAAACAGGAGGAGUUGGAGGAUUUAAAUUUUUAUAUAAAAAAUUUAUAUAUAUUAAAAAAAUAAAAUAAAAUGGAAGACACCCCUCUUCAGCAAACUAAUAGUUUUACCUAUUAUAGUCAACCAUGGUCGCAUUUUCUGCCUUGCAUCAAAUGCUUAGGCUAAGUCUUCCUUUUACCUGAAACCCAUUUUGUUUAAAUUACGUUGUCUUUAGAUAAACCCGGUUUGGCUAUAUAUGGAAAGAAUAAAUUUGGUUAGAUUUCUUCAUUUAGUGUAGACAGUUAUACUGACAAAAAAAUGCUUUGGCUGAUAUAGCUCAUUUCUUUCAGGGAACUAGUAUAAACUAUAACAACAAUAGAGGUCUUUAGCUGGGAAAAGCUGCAUCUAUACUAGGAGGGCUUGCUGGUAUAGCUAUACUGGCAAAUCUUCUUCAAUGUAGACUAGGUCUUGUCUCUCUGAAGUAUAGUCCACAUUUACAACUAUCUUUGUAUUGAGUUAUAUUCUUCCAAAAUAGUAUUCAAAAAUUUGUGAAAGAAAACGUUCUUCUCACUACCUCACAAUUAUAGUAUGUUCUUCACACAAACUAGUAUUUGAUUGUGUUUUUUGGGGGGGCUGCAGGUGGACUCACCCAAGAUUUGAAAGCUGCCUACAACUGUUUUCUGAAGUCUUG